CGGGUUCGCGGCCGGGGCAGCCGCAAAACGAGUGAACGCGGCGCUUGAUUUCGUGGCCAAGCAUCGCAUUGCGGCCACCAGCACGCGCAUCGAUGCGACGAGGCCCAACAAACGACCACAGAGCACUGAUGCGAUUCCAGCAUCCACUUUGGUACAGCUGCCCCACCUGCACCGAUCUCGACAACGACGCCACCAACGCGACGUAUUGAUGCGCAAAAACUUGAUGCGCACUCACUGCGGCAUGCUGCUCUUCUGGCUCAUCUUAUGCACCGCUCGCGCGAACGACAUCACGAACACGUGCGCCGCAGCGUUCCGCUUGACACUGAAGGGCUACGUGAGCAAUGGCAAAGACCCCUCAAAAGUCUGCUCGCCGCCGCCGGCCACGUGUCGACGACCCGCGGGCAUUUAUCACAUGUACUGCAAACAAUGCGCCGGCUACGUCAUGGGCAAAAACGUCUUCAAUCCUUUAUGGCCGACGGGCAACAUCACCUGGAUCGAGAGCACCACCCUCGGGCAUGGGAAGACCGCACGCCUACUGGCGAGCGCCCAGCGAUCGCGUUGGGUUACCAUCACGGUGCUGCGCCACCCGGUCGAUAGGGUAGUUGCUCAUUAUUUCGCCACCCAAAUGAACGCGGACUUGGACGCGUGGUCGACGAAGGCGCUGGCGAAGCAGCGGCGCGGCUACGACGGCUCGACUAGGUUAUGGUUGGAACUGGAGAACCUGUACACGAAGCUGUUCUCGGCCCACGACGACCGGCGCGGCCCGCUGCCCCCGGACGCGCUGGAACGGGCGGACCGCCAACUUCAGGGCUUCGACCGCGUCGUCAUCGCCGAGUGGCUCGAGAGCCCUAGGACAAUUGCCUGGCUCGGCGACGUCAUGUGCUUCUCGCACGUCGCCGGCGUCGUGAGCGGCAAGUGGCCGUCCUUCGUCCGGACGCGGCGGCGGCGCGGCGGGAAGAAAGUUUUUGAGGAGUUCCGGCGGGACUCCUACGAAUCUGCGGAGUUCUGGCGGGCGGCGCGGCCGCGGCUCGAGGACUUGGCGCGGCGCAACAGUCUGGACCAAGAACUCUACGCGCGGGCCUCGAGGCGGAUGGACGCGCAGAGCGGGGACCACUGGCGCCGGACGCAGUCGGCUCCGGUGCCGGCGUUGGCGCCGCUCCCCUGCGCGGGCGGCCACUGCUGGGACCUCGCGCGGGGCGGCCCUCCGAAGGACGCGGCGCUCGCCGUGAACGGGUAAACUACACUUAACUUA